CGCUUCUCACUAUUUAGUUAGUCAAAAGUCAAACUACAUAGCCCUAUUCCCGCCAAAUUACAUGUAAACAAUUCUUGAGCAAUUGAAAAAAAGAAUUUGCAAACAACAUGGAUUUUCGAAGAAAAUCGAAGGCUCGUGUCGAACGUAAACCGGAAUAUGAAAAUCUGGAACAAAAAUAUAAACACAAUGUGCUAUUAUACCGUAUGCCACCCACAGAAGAUAUAAAAAUACACGAAUUCGAAGAUUUGGCUUUGGAACGAUUAAAGGUGUUGAGAAUUUUAGAACAGGCUCAGGCCAAGAGUUUACGUUUUCUAUCGGAUGACUGGAAGGAAUAUGUUCAUGACGAGUUAUCACGUGAAGGACUAAAGGGUUAUUUGCGUCUAUGUACGAACGGUGGCAAUACCGCCGCAAACAAUGCCAGCAAACAUGAAUUUGAGUUGCAGGCACGCCGACGGGACUAUAUUUCACAUUUUAUAUUGCGACUGGCCUAUUGUCGGACACAGGAGCUAAAAAGUUGGUUUAUAGCCCGCGAAAUGGAGUUGUUCAAAUAUAAAUUUUCUGCCAUGACUCCGGCUGAAAUAAAACAGUUUUUGGAUCUGCACAAUUUGAAUUAUGUUCCACUUUCUGCCGAACAAAAGAAUGCCGUUAAAGAUGGCCUCAUAGAAAGUACUGUGGGACAGAGUGUGGCAAAAAUCGAAAUGCUGGAUUUUUAUAAAGUUCCAUUUACACAGGUUUUAGAUUUAGUUCGAUCACGACGUUGUUAUUUAAAGGAUGGCCAGGCAUAUGUGAAUACUCAUGAUUUUAUUUCAAUUGUGGGCACUAAACAGCUAGAGGAAAUUGAGCAUGGUCUUAAAUCAGCUCAGCGUUUGAUACGUGAAGUUGAGACAGACGAACGAUUGUUUACCUUACUUAAAUCUUUGCAUACCUCUUACACUGGCAAAGACUACACCGUUGGAAAAGAUGUUAAAGUACCCAUAGAAUCCAUUGAUCAAUUGUCGAAAAAAUCAUUCCCUCUGUGUAUGCGCUUAUGUCAUGAACAUUUGCGUACUAAUCAUCAUUUGAAAUAUGAUGGCCGCAUGCAAUAUGGUCUGUUUCUUAAAGGUAUUGGUGUCACACUGGAAGAUGCCAUACGAUUUUGGCGUGAAGAGCUAACGAAAAAAAUGGAUCCCGAAAAAUUCGCUAAAAGCUAUCAGUACAAUAUUGAGCACAACUAUGGCAAAAAGGGCUCUUUAAAAGACUAUGCUCCCUACUCGUGUGCCAAAGUUAUUCAGGAAAAUGUUGUUCAGGGUAGUGUUAAUGGUUGUCCUUUCAAGUAUUAUGAUCAGUCGACGCUGAAACAAAAACUUGCAGCAGCCGGUUUGGGAACGGCGCAUAUUCAAGAUGUGGCCGGUUUGGCAGCCAAGCAUCAUUAUCAAUUGGCAUGUGCUAAAUAUUUUCAAGUUACCCAUGAUACGAAUGUGGAAGUUGCCAUUAAUCAUCCGAAUCAUUAUUACCUACAAAGUCAAGAACUUAUGGGUAAUCGUGUUGAGAAGAAAUCUCAUGCUGGGCCACCGCGUAAAAGCACGAAGGGCAAUGUGAGCGGAAGUCAAUCCACCCAGGAUUAUUCAGUGUAUAUGAAUGCUGACGAUGAUGACGAGCUAUGGAAUAUUGCCGAUGAUACACAGAAAACGUUUGAAAGUAGUACUCAAAAACCAGCAGCGAAAUCAACGGAUAUUGCUUGGGAAGAUGAUCUGGAUUUGACGGCUAUAGAUUGUUAAGUUUUUGCGUUAAGAUUUCAUUUGUUUAAAGUAAGUGAUUUCAAUUUAUAUCUAAAAUACAUAUAACAAAAUAUUUUGUAAAA